AUGCCGCACCUGAAAGAUUUACUCAAGAAGAAGGAGAAGAUUGGGGCAGAUCAAGAAGCUGCGAGCGAAUCGCAUUUGGACGUGCCGCAGUUCAAAUUCAUACGCUCGACUACGGAGUCAGAGGAGAUCAUCGAGCCACCAACGCACCCAGAUGACCACACCGGCCGCCCCAGCACCGAGAAGAAAGAGCACCGAAGGACACUCGGCUUCCGCCACUCUUCCAGCUCAUCCAUAUCCAAGGAUCCCUCGUCCACGGCAGUCCUCUCCAGCGUAGCGGAAACGUCCAGUCAGCAGCUGCCGGUCAGAACUAAGGGAGAGCGAAGGCUUUCGGAAAGGCUGCACCUUCGCCGGGAUCGCUCGAGAUCCGCAUCGGCGGAGUCGAGCACGCAUGUGCCGGAGGAUCUGCCUGCCGCGCCCGAUGCUUUCGCGCCGACGGCGGGGACGAGUGUAGAUGGAGCUGAGGACAAGGCGGCGAAAGAGCAGCGGGAGGCGCAGUGGGAGAAGAGAGCGACAAUUCUGGCUAUGAGCAGUCCUUUGAGGGAAGGACAGGGACAAGAACAAGCUGAACAGAGCGAAGGGACGUCGAGGCAUAGGAGUAGGAGUCCGAGCAUAUCUGACGCGGCUGGCGAUGUCAAUAUCCAGGAGGCCAUUCGGCUUCAUGAGGAAGGGGACCUGAGGCUAUCGACAGAGAUGUUUGGACAGCUUGCGAAUCCAAAGGGAGCAAACAACGCUCUUGCGCAGGUGCUCUACGGCCUCGCUCUGCGCCAUGGAUGGGGAAUACCUGUUGAAGCGGACAGGGCCAUACACUACCUCUCACUCGCAGCAUCCAACUCGGCAUCGAUCGAAGAACAGGCCCUCUCAUCCGGCAUGAAGAAAGGCGGUGCGGCCAAAGGCGAGCUGGUUCUGGCCAUCUUCGAGCUGGCCAACUGCUUCCGACACGGCUGGGGCGUGAAGACGGACGCGAUAGCCGCACGACAGUACUACGAAACGGCAGCAAAUCUCGGCGACACAGACGCUAUGGAGGAGGCCGCUUGGUGUUACCUCGAAGGGUUUGGGGGCGCCAAAGACAAGUUCAAAGCGGCGCAGUACUUACGACUCGGCGAAUCUCAAGGGAAGAAGAGUGUUGGUAAUUCAUGGAUCUGGAAGGACAAGUAUAAUCCAAAAUAA